UUUUCUCUGGAGAGGCAGAUGGGUGACUCACGUUUCAAAGCCCAAGCUGCCCCUCCCUCCACCGCGGUGGUGGUCGGUUCCCCCUGAGCAGUGCCCUCUCCACGUGGCCUGCCUUUUCCCCUGAGCCAGGCUCCCUCCCUGAGGGCAUAUCUUGGGGCCAGGGCAGCCCUGUCUGAGCAUCUGUGGCUCAGGCUGGAUCGGGAGACACAGUGGACUGGGUCUAUCUCCCAGACAAGGGGCUUGUGGACACAGGCUGGAUCCUUCUCUGGUUGGGGGAGCAUCCUGGGCCCUGCAGGGUAAUGAGCAGUAUCCCUGGCCUCCACCCACUCCAUGCCAGGAGCUCCCCAAGUCGUGACAACCACAGAUGUCCCCAGACAUCGCCCAGUCCCCCGGGUGGGAACCCCUGCCCUAGACCAAGGAAUGGCGUCAGGGUGGGCGCCGUGCCCUCGCACCAGUGCAGUCCAGCCUUCCCUGCCCUCGGCGUGGCUGUGGGACGGCCCCCAUGUGUUUACCAGGUGCCCCGUGGGGUGUGGAUGGUUCGGCACAGCUGCCUGAGCUCAGAGGACACAGUCUACUCCCCGCUCGACACCUUACAUGGGUCUCUUCUGGAACUAAAUCUCGUUGGGCAAGCGUUGGGGGCUGUUUGUAUUCUUCCCCCUGAUGGAUGGGUCGCCUAAAACUGCAGCCUGGCUCCUGGCGGGUGCCCUCAGCCUCCCCACUCCCGGUGGCGCUGUGCGUUCUGGUGCCCCGCCUGAGCCGGAGCCCUCACAGUGCUCUCUGGCACCCACGCGGCGCUCCUCCAUGCAAACUCUUUCCACGUGAGAAGCGCCAUGUGCACGUGCUCCAGCAGGUACGCGCUCCCUGCAGGACAUCUGUGCACCCGCCUCACCACAGCCUCCCUGGCCCACUGCUGCUCUGUGAGCCUGGCUGGGCCCAGGCCUCAUCUCCCCUACCCCUCCAAGCUCCGUGCUGCCUGUCCCCUCCGGCUCUGCCUUGGCCUGUCGCCCCUGCGCCAGUGCAGGACACCACCACACCUCUGGCCCCGACUCCUGUCAGGGCUGCCGCACCCCAGCUGCAUUCCUGAGCCCUCCCCACCAACAGGGACCUCAGCCCUCAGGGACAGAACCUCACGAGCACAGGGACCUGCCAGCCCCUGCAGGGAGUGUGCAGCCUCAGGGACUCACUCGCUGUCUCCUGUCUCUUUCCUAGAGCUGCCCUUCAUUUCCUCAAAGGUGAAAUUCCUCAGCACAGGGUCUAGUCUUGGGGGCAGGGAGCACUGGGCCACUUUGGGUUGGGGGUGGGCGGCUCUGAGGGCUCAGCCUGGGGCCAGCCUCCCAGUCCUCCCCGCCCUGUGAGAAGCCCUGAGCCAGCGUGGCACUGAGAGCUGACCGUCCCACUCUGGGUGCUGCAGGUGCCCCAUGUUACUGGGUGACAGGGCCAGAGGCCGUCCACCCCGCCUCCUGCCAUACAAGCUGCAAAGGACACCUGCUUCCACCUUGGAAAUAUAGUGCAGUUGUCUGGACUGUGUCCCGACAUUUGGCUCAUAGGAAUGAGCCCGGGGCGUCCAGUUAAGCCUGGCAGGCUAAGUGCUUAUUUAUCUCCACUCUCUCCUGAAACGCAACUGGAACGCAAGAGAGUGAA